AUGCUGCGUGCACGGUCCUUCCUGCCAUGGCUGCUUCUGCUAGCGAUGCCUGUCUGCACCUACGCCUGGGCACGACCCCUGUGGUAUCAGGUGGGGCUGGACUUACAGCCCUGGGGGUGCCAGCCAAACAGCCCGGAGGGUUGUGAGGGCAGCCUUGGCUGUCCUGGCCAUUGGAUGGGCCUCGGGGUGAACCGCAUCUACCCAGUGGCUGGGGUCACGGUCACCACUACCAUGAUGCUGAUGCUCAGCCGUGCAGUGAUGCAGCGGCGGCGCUCACAGGCCACUAAGAGUGAGCAUCCGCAGGUGAUUGCUAACCCCUGUGCACGUUGGAAACGACGGGCCCCGAUCUCAGACCGCGCCCUGCUCCUCGGGGUCCUGCAUAUGCUGGAUGCCCUCCUGGUCCAUAUUGGGGGCCACCUGCAGCGUCUAGCCAUCCAGCAGUGA